UAAAAAUUCUAAUUAAUCACGUCUCCAAUAAAGUUAUAGCUAUACUUAUACGGCUUUACAUCGAUCGUCACAUUCACUCGUGAACAAUGUCGUCUCCAAGUUACCACACAAACAGCUUAUGCAAAUAUCUCGUGAUCUUAGGCAUCGUCGCAGUCUUCUUAACCCUCGUCUUCUUCAACCAAACCUACACCAUUUCAGAAUCUUUAUAUGGUAAUAUAUUCACCAUAAAAUGUCAAGAGAGGCUUCCGCAGCCUAAUGAGACUGCAACAAACAUGAGCCAUUUGAUGUUUGUGUUGGUGGGGAGCCCACGUACGUGGAAGAAUCGAAGAACUUACGUUGAAUCAUGGUGGAGACCAAACGUGACACGAGGCUAUAUCUUCAUGGAGGUGGAGCCGUCCGAAGAGUUACUGCCUUGGUCGCGGACCUUCCCGCCGUUUAGAGUCAGUGAAGACGUCAAGAAACUAAGAUUUUACCCGAAGCUCCAAAAACCAAGUCACACUCGGUUCUAUAGAGCCAUUCUCGAGACUUACAGGCUCAUGGACGAGGGUGUGAGAUGGUAUUACCAACUAUGAGUUUGACCUAAUGGUCAAAACUUUUAGAUAAUCUAAUAGUAGAAGUAUAAAGAAGCUAAGGAGUCAUUAGUUUAAUUUUUGGUUGGAAGAGUUCUUUUUUCUUAAGAAAAUUUAAUUUAAUAUGGUUUGGACCUUGCUCUAAGAGGAUAAACGAGCAUUCGGGUCGGUAAGUUACUAGUCACUCUAAAAAAAGGAAUUUAAAACUUGUAGUAAUAAAAAUAUGUGUUUUGUGUAUGAUAUUGCAAAAGUUUGUGAUCUAACUUUGUCCAAAAUGAAUAGGUAUGUGACGGGUGAUGAUGAUUCUCUUUUCUUCGUAGACAAUUUAGUGGAUGUGUUGUCAAAAUACGACCACACGAGACAACAUUACAUCGGAAUAAACUCGGAGACUAUAAAAUCAAACGUUUAUUUCGAUUUUAACAUGGGAUUUGGAGGAGGAGGAUACGCCUUAAGUUAUGCUCUGGUGGAGGCUUUGGUGGUAAAGUUGGAUGAAUGUGUUGAAAAAUAUCAUUUCAUUUGGGCAGUAGAUCAGAUACAAAGUCUUUGUUUGGCUGAUUUGGGCGUUGAUCUUACCCUCGAAAAAGGAUUUCAUCAGGUGGAUCUAUACGGUGACAUAUCAGGCUUCCUCUCGUCCCACCCAACGGCUCCUCUUGUCAGCCUCCACCACUUCGAUACUGUCACACCACUUUUCCCUGGCAUGGACCGUCCCGGCUCAGUCAUUCAUAUCAUGCAAGCAGCUAACGUAGACCAAUCACGGAUGCUACAACAGUCGAUAUGCCACUUUAGAGCAAGUAACUGGACUUUUUCGGUCUCGUGGGGAUACACUGUUCAUAUCUAUGAGAAUAUAUUCCCACGGAGCCACUUAAAGCUUCCCAUCGAGACAUUCCGUCCUUGGUACGGAGGACGGCCUCCUUUUUACAUGUUUAACACGAGACCGGUUUCUCGAGAUCCAUGUGAAGCUCCUCACUGGUUCUUCUUUGAUUCGAUUGAACAAGUGAGCGGAGGAGUUGUUACUUCUUACACAAGGAAGUUUAUUAGAAACAUGACUUCUUGUUCCUUUUCCGGGAAUAUCUCUGCUGAUCCUCUUGCUUCUAUCCAAGUCUUCUCUCCCAAAACUCCAAGACAGGGAAGAGAAGUGGAAUGUUGCGACGUGAAGUAUGAGGGUGAUGCUGCAAGUAUAAGACUUCGAGACUGUAGGAGAGACGAGAUCAUCGCCUAAUGAAAAAAGAGAGGCUUCCUAAAGAUUCAUAUGCUCAAGCAAAUUAACUACUUUGAUUGUUCUUUUGGUCCUAUUUCUUCUAAAUCAGUCGAUAAUUCCAUGUAAACCAAAAAUAUCCCAUCAAUCGAUAUAGUAUAUUAAGUGUGUGUGUGUGUGUUUUUAACAGAUUGAAAGAAACAAGAAAGUGUCAUAGCUAAGCUAGAAGGUCCAAGAUUGGUUGAGUUUACAACGGUAUGGUAAUCUAAAUGAGAUGGUUACUUGCAAUUAUGCAUAUAGAAAAGCAGCGUG